ACGCUCCUUUUUUUCGUCCAACGGAAAUACGCGUGAGAACAGAGGAGGAGGAGGUGCGAGUGGCUCGUUCUGGGAGAGGCCAGGCUGCGCAGCUGCGACAGCUUGUCAUAAUACAUUAGAGAGGAAAGUUAAAGAAUAGAAAACCACAACCGUCUUGGUUUCAACGGUUGAGUAUGGACCGGGUUGUGACUUCGUUUUAUUCCGUUGUUUUCCUCCUCCUCGUCCUCUCACAGGAUGUCGCGUGGGGCUACGUGGAGCCGCCGACAAAUGUGACCCUGCAAUGCCGGAACCUACAGAACAUUCUCAGGUGGAGUUAUGACGAACCACCGCCAGGACUCAAAUACAAAGUGUGGAUUCGCUCAACUUUAAGACCUAAAACUUCUAUUUCGGUGUAUCCACCAGAUCUACACGCUGACUUGUCAUCUCUCUCUGAACCAAGCAAUGACUACUAUCUCACUGUGACUGCUGUGGUUGGAAGCGACGAGUCAGCUCCUUCGAAUAAGAUCACUUUCAGCUAUUUCGAGAACUCUCCAGUCCGACAGACAUGUGAGAAGUUUGAUGGAUCUUCAAUGGUGAACGUCACUGCCCAAAAAGACGACAUUGUCCAGUUUCGCUUUGUGCACCCUUGGGUGUUUUACCAAAAAAAUCAUGAUAACCGUGCAAAGCAGGAGCAAAGAAGAGAAGAAGCCAUGACCCAGACCAUUGAAAAGCUCCCCCAAUUCAAGUACGAUGUGAGCUUGAACAAGGAAAAGCACUCUCACAGUUUCAUCUGCGAGGAGAGGAUGUGUCAGGAGACGCCCUGGGAUGCUGCUCAGGAGAAACACUGUCUGAAUAUCACAGGAGAGAUGGAAAAGAUGUCUGUUCAACCCCUUCAAGUCUAUUGCGCCACUCUUACGCCUGCUGAGAACAACCAUCACAUCUACAUCAUUGUGGCUGGUGUGUUGAUCGUGAUCGCUUUGGCAUUUAUCCUCUUCAUGGUAUUCAAAAAAAAGACCAAACCCUCGUCUUCUUUGCCAAGCUUCAUGACAAUCCCAGGUUCACCGAGACAGUUGACCCUGAAUGUUGGUCAGGAGCAAGUCAAUGUACCAGAAGUGGAUCAUCAAUCCCCCACGCCUCUGCUGUUAGCCACAGAUAUACCAGAAGAAACACCUGUUUCAACCGAGCUCGAAUGUCGCCUACCCAUCGGUGUGCCUGCUGAGGAUGAAAGUGUGUGCAAAGAUGUGGAGGCAUUGAAUGCUGGAGAAUCCGAUUAUAUGCAAGGUGGAAAAUUGGAUGAUGACGAGACACCAGACGACGGAGAGAUCCACUCCAACUACGAGAGGCGACACGUUUUUCAUGAUAAUUUAGCUCAAGGCGAAGUGGUUGAGGGUUACCGGGCCUGAAGAUGGAACUGGUAUCCCCUAAGAAAUGUUAUGUUUCAUUAUUAGGUCAAUUGAGGCCAUUCCCUGUGAUCCAUCAGGAACCUUCCUCUUUGUUUAGCACCUCUGACAUGAGUUACAGUUUUCAUUUGAGUUACAAUCUUGUCAGAGCAACCUGAAAAGCAGCCUGCAAGGUGUUUCACACAAUUCAGGAAGUAUAGAGAUUUAGUAUCUCUGCUUGUGCUGCAGUUACAAACUCUGCAGUGCCAUAAAGUGUCAUGCUCUACCCAUACCAUAAGAGUUUAAGUGGCUCUCAAUAUCAAAAAUAAGAGUUAGCAUUUUAUUGAUAGCAUUUUUUUCUGCAGAGAAUCAAGAAACGGAUACCCAUGAAUCAUUUCACAUAAUUUCAUUAUGAUGGUAUUGUUUGAAAAGAAAAAAUAUGUUUUUGUUUAAUAGUUUCCAGGAUUCUUAUAUAAAACAUGCUAAUUGCCUGAUAGCCUCAUCAUGUUGAGAUUCACCUUAAAAGCCUAUCUGUGAUUAAUCUACUCCUAAUCCCAAAUUUGCUUAGCUGUGAUUCAUAUCCUGUAAUUCAUAUCUAGAUACAAAAGUACUAAUUCCAACAUUACCAUACUUAUUCACCAUCUGCCUCUGGCUUAACGUGUUAAAAAUACUGAACGUCCUUCUUGCUAUUUGCACACAAUCAAAUGAUUUGUUCCUCAGGAGUUUGCGAUCCUGUAACUUCUGCAAUGUGCCUUUUUUCGGAGUGAAAGAGGAGUGGUGGUAGAGUUACAAGACAGAUCUGAUGUGCUGUAGUCCUUCAGAUCGAAUUGUAAAGUGAGUGUAGAGUAACUGCAGAGUAAUACUGGACUGUAGGGGGUGGUUAGCCUCAUAACUUAAGUGCUGCUAUGUUAGGAGAAGAAAAACAAGUGAUAGUGAAGAGAUGACUCAUUAGAACUGUUAACAGACAACCAAAAUCCAAACAUUUUGACUUUACUGGAAGAGUCGUAUGAAUGUGUCUUUUAGUUAUUAUUGACAUUAAUUUGGCCUGUGAUUAAAUCAUUAUGCAAGUUAAAGAUAUACUUGCUGGAAAAUAGGGAAUUCUAUUUCAGUUUGUCUUUUGAAACACAUGACUUAGAGUUUAUGCAGUUGUCACAUAAAAUGAGACACUAUCAAGCACUAGAGGAUAUGAUGCUUAUGGGUUAAAUGAAAUGAUGCUGAAUCAUUAAACAGAUUUUAUAUUGUGGUGCACUUUAAGUCAGUUUUUGAUUUGACUCUUGGAAAAUACUUUGUAUGUUUUUACUUGUUAAAAACAUUAAAUUUACCUUGUUCAUAUCCCUAAGCUCACACUUGUGAAUAUGUAAAUACAUGACAUGGCCAAAGAUGAGCAGCAUAUUUGUUUUAAUGAUGCUGACUGAUAAAGUAUGGUUUUCAUUGUGGUUGUCAAGCAGUUAUAUUUAUUUCACGAUAUAUCGCAGGAGUUCAGUUGUAACAUAGUAGCAAGCAGUCCUUACCUGUGUCCUCAAUUGGAGAACAAAAGAUUGCAAUAAAAUGUUCUUUAUGAUUUUGACUUUAAGAAUUAUUUUUUAAAUAAAUACUGCAAUGUUACACCAGUGUAGUCUGUAACCAUGACUUAGAGGUAAGAGACUGCUUUAAAGUGUUUAGUGUUUUUGAUUUUUUAAAGACUGAUACUGUUAUACAUCAAUAAAUACUGUAUACAGGA